AUGGAAGACUUAAUCAGAAAAGCUUCUAUUCCUCCUUUCGCGCAAAUAAUGGACUCUACAUCUUACGACUUUUUACACAGGAUCACCAACUUGAUCUUCAAGUCAAAGGCUGGAAUGGCUUACGACAAGUCCAUCAUUAACAUUGAUAUAAACUUUGACAACGAAGAUCAGAAAAUUCCCAAACUACCGAAGCCAAUUUUACCCCGCAAAGAUCGCAAAGAUAAAAUUGCUACUAUCCAACCAAGCGCGGAGUCUCGGAAAACUUCAGCUGAAAUACAGAGGCGAGUUCAAGAGCUCCAGAAAUUUCGACGAGAAAGCCAAAGCGCAGUAGAGGCGCCAUUACUUGUCACAGCUCUCGUAAAGAAAACCAAUCAAAGACUCGAUAGCAUUGAGGUGAGUGGUUUCUUCAGUCUUGGACAAGUAAAUAUUCAACUUUAAUGCAGGCGUUUGACUUUACACGUGCUGAUUGUAUCGGGUCAGGGCUCUCCGCUCUCUCAAGUGGAAACGCGUUGUACAAUCUGUUGUACAGUAAAGUAAUUUAGCACGUUCCUGGAUAUCUUGAUUUCAGCUUUUUUUGUCGAGAUCAUAUAUACUUGCGGCCCCAACUCAGUCUUUUUCUAUCGACUUUUCCCUAUAAUUGCCCAUACAGGGUGGUUCUACUAAACGCCAAAGCUUUAUUCGAUUAUCAAUAUCCUGAAUGACAACGUAAACUGGACGACUGAAACUCUUACUUAUUAAACAUGAACAUUUUAAAAUAAUUGUGAUUUAAUUACGGAAAGCGAUUAUUUGAUCCCCAAAAUCAACAAGUCCUCUUUUAAAUCAGUUGGCCUAAUGAAGGCCAUGUUGUUUUUUUUAAACUAAUAAUAAUUAUUUUCGCUUCUCUGGGUAGGAUGAAAGUGUGACCCGACUAUUCUUUUUUUUUUUUAAUUUAAUUUAAUUUCUUUGAAAUUAAUAGAACAUUGAGUCCGAGGUGCAAAUUCUUUUAAAAUGAGAUAGGUUGUUUUUCGGCUCGGAACACGUCAGAAGUGUCUCAAGUGGUUUUCAGUUUCUACAUGCUUUAGAACAUGUUAGAAGCCUGAAUCACAUAUGAAAUAAAAUUGAUUCUACAGAGCUAACACAAUCACUAGUAACCCAUCAGUCUACAUUAUGGCGGCCACAGAUAAGGACAGAAACAAAUAGUUGAAAGAAACUUGAAAAAUAUAAGAAUCACAACUACAUGGCCUGGGUCAAACCAGUUGGCUAUUUAACAAGUGUGACCCAGUUGUCAAGGCUACCGUGAACAAUUCCAGUCAGCGGUCAUGGUAAAACUUGAACUCAAGGUUCCAUUCUAAGUAUAGGAGCUGUCACCUCUCGGCUACUCUACCUUCUUGCAUGCGGCACCCUCCGAAUCAGUUUAAUCUUUUACUUUUUUUUUUCUACAGGAAAGGACCUACUCUCAGUUAUCGGUAAGUUACUUAUGCUUUCGGAGCGAUAAAGUCUUUAAAGAACUUCUGUUAUUAAUACCCAAUUAGAAAUAUUGAAUAAUCGUGAGUGACUUACAAUAAACGUUUAAUUUCAAUCACUGCGAGACUAAGCACCCAAGUUUACUUUUAUACUUUGUUAACCGCCUACCCGGCAGCAACGUCGCUUCAGGUUUUACGAACGCGCACGCUAACAUUGUAACAGGUGGUGGCAGCAGCAGCAGUAUUAGUAGUACUAGCAGCAGUAGUUUGUUGUUGUUGUUUUUGUUACUAUUAUUAUUAUUAUUAUUAUUAUUAUUAUUAUUAUUAUUAUUAUUAUUAUUAUUAUUAUUACAAAUUAUGAUUAUUGUUAUGAUACACGUAUUUCUAGUUUUUGUUGCAUUGUUGUUGUUUUGUUCUUCUUCUUCUUCUUGUUAUUCUUCUUGUUCUUCUUCUUCUUCUUCUUUUUCUGACGCUUCUCUUGUUUUAUCUUCUGUUUCUUAACCUUAGUAACUUCAGGGGUUUCUUUGCUUACUUCUCGCAAACUGAUGACUGCGCAGUCGCAGUUUGGAACUUACUGAAUCGGAGAAAAUGGCGAUUCUCGACCCCAGUGCUUACUUAAAGUGCUUACUUACGUACUCUUUUGACUCAUGCGCAGAAAGGCUCCGGGAUCGAGAUUGAGAAAUUGCGUGUAUGGUACUCAGAGACUUAAACCACCUUUUAUGGUUAAUCACGACUCUAACAAUGGACAUUGCCCUCGUCUAUCGUUGUUCUCAUUUUUAAGCAAUCCACUUUGGUUUUGUAAAGUUCAUUUUUCAAACAUCUGAUAUUAUGCGCUUCUAUCAAAGAAAAAAAUCAUUAAAUCGAGAGCAAAUAGCGGUGACUUCAUUAUUUGGUUAAUUUUACACGAAAAUCCAUGUUUUUUAUUCUUUUUGGUAAACAUAAUAACAAGUUCCGGUCAUGUUUCGUGGGGUAGAUUAGUUCACAGCUUUCAUCAAUGCUUGUUAAUACCUACCGAUAUCACAAAAGACAACCUACAACGUUUUUAAUUUCCUUUAUUCACAACCACAAUUGUACCUCUUCCAUGCAUAAACAUCACACAGACCCGCUGAAAAACAUUUGUGGCACACAGCUGGAUAAAUAACUACGGAACAUUCGUUCCUAUCAUAAUAUUUACCGUUGUCUCAGAAGUUCGACUUCAUGAUGUUUGGCUAGAAUGACUUGAGCAUACUUUUAAAUCUUUUAAAGCAAAAGAACCUCAAAAUUUGCAUUUUCAAAUAUGGGAAGGAAGAAAAAGGUACGCCGGUUAGAAAAGUUACACGAAUUCAAUUUUUAUUUUCAUUUUUGCUGAGUUCAUAACAGUUAGCCUUGUAAAGUGACGAAAACAAUUUUGGAAUAUUUAGAAUCGUGCUAUCCAUGCAGUAUGAAAGCCGGUACAAGAACAACCUUUGAGCAUAAAACAAAAUUGCCUUCGGAUAGAACUAUUAUCACCGUGUACAUAAUUUUCUGUUUUUGUCUUUCACAGGCUUUAGAGAAGUUCGUCUGGGCCGCCCGUGUCGUGCAUGUCCUGGUUUCAUCUUGCAUGCGAUGGAGAAGGUAUUUGAAUUAAUCUCGCAAAUAGAGUAGAGCGAAUGUUCUGUCAGUUUUUCUGCUAAAGCUUCCCUAGAAACACAAUGUUAACUCAUUUUGGUUUCGUUUACAGUUUUAUUUGACAGCGUAUUCGCAAAUUAAAGAAGUUUUUCUUAGGAUAUAACUGUAUACUGCUCACGAGGGCGGCUAAUACACAAAGGCUCACAAUUUCGCAGAUUUGUAGUAAAUAAAUCAAAAAUGACAAUCUUCUUCAGUCUUUAAUUAUGAAGAAGUCAUGAAACUCGGUGUUAUCUGCAAAUUUGACCACAUAAGUAUCAAAUCGCUUGUUACAUUAAGUUCAUAUUCACUUGUGUAAAAUUGUGAUUGUGGGGUGUAGCUAAACUCAGUAGACUAAAACCAAGAAAUACAAAAAAAAAACUGAUACGGUGGAAUCCCUUUUUUAAACCACCUUGAAAAAGCUAAUAGGUUCGGUUUAUCGGAAACUUUGAAGGUACAAUGACGGUCUUCUACUGAAGGGAAGCUUGGUUGAAAUUAGGAAGUUAGGGCUCGAGACAUCAUGGUUUUACUGUAUCUUUAUACAAUCUUUUUUUCUUUAAUAAGAAUAUAUUUUGUAAGAAUAGCGAGGCUAAAAUUUGCAAAAUCUUAAGAAUAUCAUAAGGAUAAGCCCAAGGUUGAAAUUGAUAUAAUUUUGUGUGUUGAAAAUCCGUUAAUUAAUACAAUACAAUUGUAUGUUUUUAAUUUAACCGUGAAAUUAUUUCUUUCUCUUAACGGCAAAACUAGCCACCAAAGAGAAAAACAACGUGACAUUGCAACUAACUGCAAUUUAUACCCCGGACAUUCUAAAACGGAAAAGUCAGAGGCUACAUUAUAAUAGUUUCAAAAUCAAUAAAAACAUUAAACCUUUCAGCCUAAAAUCGGUAGAAAAAUAAGAAUAUUCAGCCUGGGCCGGAAAAACGGCGUUCUCGUAAAAAGAAGAGUGUAGCACUAUUAUAAACACAAUAUUGUUUGUCAGCUUUGUUUUUUUUUUCCUCGUUAUUUUGUAAAGGUACAAAAAGCCUGAUGCUAGCAGUAAAGGCAAAGGUUCCGCAGCUCAAUCGGCCGCGACUAGGAAAGGCAGUCAGAAAAGUGGUGCGGGAAUAGGCUUUGAUUCACGGUCAUUUAAAGGAAAAAGCAAGGUACAACAGCAACUGUACACUAACUUUUUGCGGUAACUUUCACAAGCACAACCGACUUCAGGGGUUGCUUUUCAGUUUUCUGUCUAUCUCGUGCAACUUAAACAAUAUAAAGAUACAGCUUGCGUGAGUCGGAAGGUGAAACUUGUCCGGCCGGCAAAACAAUUCAAAACUGUUUGCUGACGGAAUUAACGAAGCAACAUUUCAGACCAAUCAGAGCACCGCUUGUUCUAUGUUAGUCAAUCAAUGUGAAUUUCUUCAAAUUAAUGUGAAUUUUGGCACAUCCACAAAUGGUUCUCUGUUUACCACUUCGGAUCAUUGGUGUCAGUCAUCGUGAUAUAGUGACCCGAGCGAAAAGCCUCGAGAUUCUUUCUCGAGGUUUCGCUGCUCGUGAAUUCGGCCGACACCGAAGCAUCCACCCACAAGCGAUAAAACAAACCCUCUGGUACCCUGGUUAGUGAUAGAAAAACUUGCUAAUCUCUUCGCUUCUCUUUUCUAUCAGAUCUCAGAGGAGCUUCGACAGAUUCUAACUUCGGUCCCUCGGGCGAGAACAAAUGAAGGUCUUAAAAAGGUAAUGAUAGUGAAAUAAAAAGAAGAAACUGCCAUACCGCUUUACAGCGUAGUGUCUCAUUUUAUAGUUAUUCCAGUCUGGAUUGCAUGUUUGAUGUGAGUUGGUUCUUAUCGUCACUAAAGACCGCCCCUUUUUUCUUUGGCAUGAUAUGAUAUAACGGCUGAUAUGUCAAGGCCAUUAAGCAAGUAAGAAACGGAUGACACUGCAUUAUGAAAUGAUUCCUUUUUCUAAAAUCGAUAUCAACAUUGAAUACUUCCUUGUUAGGUCCAGAGGCUGUGUCGUAGUACGCGCGCGUUCAUGAUUUUUCCGCUGGAAAGAGAGGUCGAUCUGUCUCGUUGUGUUGCCUAUGAGAGGUAAGUGUUCCUUCAUGGCUAUUAAAACAUCGUAAAUAAUAGUCCUGUGGCUAUUUAUUGACAUUCAGCAAGAGAACAGUAAGAAUGGCAAAGGAUUAGGCCUGUACAGGUCUGUACAUGCAUGAGUCCAACCAACUCAGCAAUAAACCACUACAUCUGUACUGUUUCUCUGAACGUUAACAAUUUAUAUUUUAUUCUUUAUUUUAUCUUGCAGUGUGGCGUUUAGCCUCAAUUUCCGCCGCUCUAGUCUGGGGCCAUUCUCCGGAACGACGGCUGGGAACAAAGGCUAUGUUGAGUUUGAUUUUUAUCGUUUCCUUUUCUCUAUUCUAGAUACGACAAUGGAAGAGUCAUUGCGUGUCAGGGAAGGUCACCUCAAAGGUUCUAUUACGUACUCUCUGGGAGAGGUAAGGCAUGCUAAAUUGUACUUUUCGGAGGUUUUUGUGUAACUGACCACCUACCCCUCCCCUAGGUCAACAUUAACGCUCAAUUCUCGCUUAGGGCAAAAUUGUGACUUGGAGAGGGGUAGGCCGGUCAGUUACCCAAAAAUCUCAAAUGAUCCUACUUUUCCUAUAUUUCUCAUUAAGAAUGGGAGAGUAAGAACGAGGAACAUGAAAAAUCGUAUUGUAGAUUCCUGCCUAAUUAUAAGUGUAACCUGCCUGCUAAGCCAAGUGUUAAUCCUGAUCUGAAGAGGCCAAGGGUAAGUAUAGAACCACAAGUAACAUAUUUAAGCCUUACAUCGCCUCAGGUGAGGUUAUCCAAGACAGUCUUGGAUGCGGAUUCUGGAUUCUAAGUCAGUACUGGAUUUCGGAAUCUUUGCGAGUGGAACCUUGAUUCCGGAUUACAGAUUUCUUGAACUGAAUUCAGGAUUCCAAAGCCUAGGAUUAGGGAUUUGUUAAGCCAAAAUUUCCCAGAUUUGGGAAUCCGGAUUGGGCGACUUAGAAUAAGAAAGGAUGCAAAGGGAAAGUGUUUGAAAGGAGUACGCUGCUUACGUAUUCUUCCUCGAGAAGUGAUUCCUUUUACUGAUUGUUUUAGAUACUCUUAUUCUGUCUUCCAGAUGAUGAGGUAAGCUAAAUUCUAAUACUUAUCAAUUUCCUUUCACCAGUUAGUAAAGUGUGCAUGUAUGACUUAGCGGCUGGUGUCACCAAGAUGUCUUUUGGAGAACUGAUGCAAGGAAACACUACUGAUGUAAGUUGCCCUUAAAAUUCAAGCCUGACUUCCAAGCGCUCUUGCCUUCUCGUACCAUGAAAACUGGGAGGGCGUGCUCUUACACUAAAUCGUUCCGGCGGAAAAACCCUGAAAAUUGUGGCGCAGCAUAAACUGAAAAGACCUAAACUUAUUUAGCACGGUCUUGCGAGCAAACAGCACUUCUUUAUUUGCGCCGGUAGCUCAAGCUCGAUAUACGAUUAUCGGUAUAGUUGUGUAACUUUUGAAGUAUGAGGAUUUGUAUGAAGAUAACCUGUGAGAAAGGAUCAUAGAGAAAGCAAAAAGGUUACAAUAAACUCUUAAAUUAAAAUGGCCAUAGAUCAGCGGCUCGGGAUUUACACAGGAAAGAAGAAACACUCAACUUAAGUGCGGGUCAGGGAAUUUUUGUUUAAAUCCUUUCACAUUGAUAGGCUACGCAACAAUUCCGAUGCUCAUAUGUCGAGCUUGGGCUACCAGUGGUCACAGAGUUAGCUGAUCGCUGGCGACAUAGCCUGUUCCAGGCUCCGAGAUAGUGGGACUCCCUUUUCCAGAUCUAAGAGCUCAUCAUCUUCGCUUGCCUUUCACUUACGCUUCAUCCAGGCGUCAUCCCUGCUAUGUGAGAGCCUGGAACAGGCUACUGGCCUUGCUUUGUUAGCGGAAGCAGGAUACACGUCCAAAGAAGCAAAACUUGCGUUUUCUUGAUUUCAGCCUGUUGAAUUAAUGAAUGGUAUAAAAAGGGAACAUUCACUCAUCUGCAAGGGGCCUGUCGAAGUACUCGUUCUGGAUAGGGAGGUAAAGUUCCAGCCUUGAUUAAGACAGCAUUUCAUUUGUUGACCAAGAGUCUUGAUUUGAUUGGUUGCUAAGCAGUCGGUAUAUGCAGUCAUGUAAGGUCCUCUGAUGUAACUUCCGGCCGCCGCAUCGGCUUUACCUUUAAUUUUUAAUUAAUUUUUUCCCGUCUAUUUGCAUAAAUAAUUAAGAUAUUUGGGACGAAUUAUAAUGCUAAUGUUUAUAAUAACAACUAGAAGCGUAAGUGCUUUUCACGCACCGUCUACUUUUGUCAUUUGCGUUUAAUUAACAAUGCGUAAAGUGACCAAAUAAUCCAUCAAUCCACUAAUCAAAAUCUCAACUGUCAAAUUAGGCGAGACGUAAAAUAGAUCUCUUUGUAAUUUGUUUCUAAUCACAUUCUAAUCCAAUGAAAAAUUCAUUUGACUAAGAAGAAAAUUCCAUUGACGUUUUACUUCGAGUCGGCAAUAAGCUAGCUAAGCGAAGGACGAAAAUGAGAUGGAGGUUAACUUGAGAUGAAUUGAGCUCAUGAUUUCUCGGACUGUCAGGCUGAAGAAAUCGCGGUAAACUGUUUACGGUGUCUAUCUCUGCCUCUGUAUCUAAUUUUGGCAAUCUAACGGAUAUUUGGUUGUAGGAUUUUAUGGAACUCAUGAGUACAAAUCCCGACAGCGGCCUUCCGAUUGAAAUAUUAAGGUAUUGUUNUGCGUUUUCUUGAUUUCAGCCUGUUGAAUUAAUGAAUGGUAUAAAAAGGGAACAUUCACUCAUCUGCAAGGGGCCUGUCGAAGUACUCGUUCUGGAUAGGGAGGUAAAGUUCCAGCCUUGAUUAAGACAGCAUUUCAUUUGUUGACCAAGAGUCUUGAUUUGAUUGGUUGCUAACCAGUCGGUAUAUACCGUCAUGUAAGGUCCUCUGAUGUAACUUCCGGCCGCCGCAUCGGCUUUACCUUUAAUUUCUAAUUAAUUUUUCCCGUCUAUUCGCAUAAAUAAUUAAUAUAUUUGGGACGAAUUAUAAUGCUAAUGUUUAUAAUAACAACUAGAAGCGUAAGUGCUUUUCACGCACCGUCUACUUUUGUCAUUUGCGUUUAAUUAACAAUGCGUAAAGUGACCAAAUAAUCCAUCAAUCCACUAAUCAAAAUCUCAACUGUCAAAUUAGGCGAGACGUAAAAUAGAUCUCUUUGUAAUUUGUUUCUAAUCACAUUCUAAUCCAAUGAAAAAUUCAUUUGACUAAGAAGCAAAUUCCAUUGACGUUUUACUUUGAGUCGGCAAUAAGCUAGCUAAGCGAAGGACGAAAAUGAGAUGGAGGUUAACUUGAGAUGAAUUGAGCUCAUGAUUUCUCGGACUGUCAGGCUGAAGAAAUCGCGGUAAACUGUUUACGGUGUCUAUCUCUGCCUCUGUAUCUAAUUUUGGCAAUCUAACGGAUAUUUGGUUGUAGGAUUUUAUGGAACUCAUGAGUACAAGUCCCGACAGCGGCCUUCCGAUUGAAAUAUUAAGGUAUUGUUGUUUGACUCAACGUUGGAUACAACUAUUUAAUACUGUCUAAUGUCACACUUAAAACCAGGCCCCGGUUAGUUGCUCAAAAGCUGGGUAGCGCUAUCGACGGGAUAAAUCACUAUCCAGCGGAUAAGUAUUAGGGAAACCAAUUGCGUUACUGGCACUUUGGAUAGUGCUAUCCGGUGGCUGUGACUAAGACAUCCACCGUGUUGAUUUAUGAAUUUCGAUAGAAUACACCGCAGAGCGUCUUACAGCACUAUAUAAAGUUUGAACAACCGGGGCCGGAUUGAUAGGUACACAUAUCUUGUCAGACUAAGACAUCCACCGUGUUGAUUUAUGAAUUUCGAUAGAAUACACCGCAGAGCGUCUUACAUGUAUAACUGACUUCCUUGUUAAUAAGCCAGGCAUGUCAAUUAAAUAACACUUGUGUUUGGUAUACACAAAUAUAAACAGAGAUCCAGGGGCCUUUUUUAUUUUUUAUUUGAUAUAAAGAUCAAAAUGACAUAUGAAGAAUCCAUAGCAAAAUCAAAAAUACUUAACGUUAACUUAGGAAUACCGAAUCGUACCAUAUUUUCCUUAUCAGAGGCAACUUAGAGAGACAUGCUCUACGUAACCAGCGGAAUUCUUUUCUGCAUCAUUUAGUCAAUUAUCUGCUCAACAAAACACUUACAAAAUGAGGCUUUUUAUUGUCUUUUCUAACUUACGUAUUUCCUUUCGACUCCAAAACGCGCCGAACUGAUCGAACUUGCCUUUAGGCAUGCAAACGCGGAAAAGAAGAGGCUCGCCCUCUUGGCACGUGAGAGUCACGCGUGACGAGGGAGAUUUUCACGUGCGUUAUAAAGGUUUCUUAUAGAGUGUUUUCACUCACGUGGCCAGCAUCUAUGCAAAUUUAUUGAAACAAAAGAAAGCGUUUGCAUAAGAAAGGAAUUCAACUCCCACGGGACUGGUUUGGGACACCAACAUGGCCGCCGUUUCAUUGUUUUGGGACACCAAUAUGGCCGCCGUGACGUCAUGUGAAAACACUCUAUAGAUCAGGGGGAGGGCACCCCGGCAACAAAUGGUUUCGGUAACAAAUCUGUGACUGUUACUACUAACUUAUCUUUCUUUAAUGAUGUUUCUCUCUCAAACUUUAACAGAUCAAUCGAGCUUUUUCGCAAUUUUCCACUGGAAAAGUUUUUCGAAGAAAAAGAUGCAAUAGUAACCAAAUAUUUUGCGUAAGUAUAGUUGUCUAAAUUAUCCUAUGCAUCUUUGAUAAUGAUCUACUUUUGUAAAAACAACGAUCAACAACGUGCGUCAUAGAUUGUUCUUUAUUCGACUUUUUCUUCGUCGACGACGACUUCCACUUUCUCAUCCUUGGGCAUAAAUGACAGUUAUCUCCGUGUGGAUCAUUUUUUUCAUCAUUACAUCCCCCAGAUCAUAUGAUAUGAUACGUGAAUUGACAACUCUUUCUCUUUCAAUGACUUGUUUUCAGGAAGGAUACAGUAAUCGUAAAAGACAGUAAUGACACCCCAUAUUUCUACAUCGUUAAAUCGGUAAGGAUGACUGUCGACCAGUAUAUAUCACUGUUUUUUCGCGUGCGGGGGCAUGCUUCAGUCUCGGCUUGCCCGACCCAUCUUCGGCCGAAGGGCGAAGCCGCGGGAAAAAAACCUCCAAAGUCUACCUAAACUAGCCUCCCACGCAGACGUUUUUUUUGGCUAGAGAAGGAACGGGUGACGAAACCCAAAGAACGCAUGCGUGGUAGGCUAAACCAAAACCGGAAACCACGCAUGAAAACCCUCUGGCAACCAGGCUAUCGUGAAAUCUGUUUGUUCCGGGAUCGUCUAGGCUCGAUCGCCAGCCGCUGAGCUUCUUGGUCUACUUUAGUAUUUUAUUGAUGUCACCCACAUUGUUGAAAAUCCUACUCUGCUCUGAUUGGCUCGGAGUUUUUUGCUCGAAAGAUGAACCCUGAAGACCUAACAGUCUAAGAACCACGCUUGAGAGAUGAGCAAUCCCAAGAGACUCGUACUGAUAAGUUUUAAAGUUUCUUUUUAAUGAUAAUUAAAUUAUUAUUAUUAUUAUUAUUAUUAUUAUUAUUAUUAUUAUUAUUAUUAUUAUUAUUAUCAUCAUCAUUUAUCUAGGGAGCCCACCCGCUUUAGCGGUUUUCAGUGUUUCUUUUGAGGUAUUAUACACUGUAACAUACUGUUUCCACCACAGGGAAGAUGUAAGGUGGUUAGAAAACAAGAUGUUCUGGACAUGAGCAAGACUACUAAGCUGCCCAGCAUCACUACCGUAACUAAAACUACCCCGCGUAAGUGUCAAGCCCCUGGCUUCAUAUUUUCGAAUUUUCGACUUAUAUCUUCUCACUUUUCAACGUAGUUUGGUGCCGUUUGUGUAGUUAGGACAAAAAAGAAAGUUAGUUUGUAGAGAAGAGAGAAAAUUUUGCGGUAUUAAAUCUCACAGGGCAAUGUUCGAUGAAUCCACUUACUAUAGCCUGCGUAACAAGCGUUUCCGUAUGGUUUCGGAGCAAAGAAAGACCGAGGAACGAACGGGAUGAUCUUUGGUUUUGGCCGCAUGAAAAACGAACGAGAGCCAAAAAUUGAAAUGGGGGAGGGGGAGGGGAAGGAAACCCUAACCCUAACCCUUUCUUCCUUACCCAGUACCCCUUCUUCGUUCCCUUACUCGCCCCAUUUUAUUUUUUCGUGUGGUCUUUGACUGUCGUUCCUCGUUCCUUGCUCCGAAACCGCACGGAGAAGCUUGCUACGCACGCUAACUUACUUUGACUUCCUAUCUUUGCUUUGAACCGCUCGAUAAUUUCGCAGUUUAGACGACUUAAGUCCAAUUAACACAAAGAAAAACACGUAGCCUAGCGAGUUUCUACUAACUCUGGUUUCGAACAAAUAUUUCCAAAUUUAAAACUAUGACAUCCAGACUAUACAUUAUUAGUUAUUUCUGAUCAUUUCGUGUUUUUGAAGGCUCAACUCCUGGAAAAAAUCCAACAAGUCUACUCGAGGUAUGCGUAAUAGGCUACUUCCGAGUUCCACAAACCCUCACUUUCAAAAUGAGGCCAAGUGCACAACCUUUCUUGUGGAAUGAGUUUUUUUGCACGAGAAUAUCAGAGGCUGAGCACUUAACCUCGUUUUGAUACAGAGGCCUGGGGGAACUCGGAAAUAGCUUAUUGCGAGUUAUUUCUGCUCUCUUUUUCUAAAUGUCGUUCUUCUUAACCUCUUUUUCAAAUAUUCCCUUACAUACAGCAGGCCCUUCCCACCAUUCCUCCCUGGGAUUUAGACCUCCGAAACCCCUAUCCAGUUUACCCCCGGAAGGAGGAUUAAGCCAGCAAGGGUCGCCCCGCCCCCAUCCUCUUUUGUAUAAAAUUGUUUUAUAAUUUCCCUUACUAAAAUCUGUUUUCUACAGCCUUAAUUUUGGAUAGAGAUGCUCUCGUACUAUGAAUAUGACAAUAAGCAGAAAGAAAUCAUUUUGUUUCUUAAAUUUGCCUUUAACACUGAUCUCGGGCCGAAAAAAAUGUUUGCAUGACCAACAAAUGACAACUUCUUGCUGCAAAACCAGCCAAAAGUGCAAAAUAUACUAGCAGUGCUUUUCGCGGAAAAAAGGUCAAAAUUAUGCACGCAAUGACAUAUUAUGCCAAAACUUAUGUUAACCUAAUCUAUCAAAGCCUAGUAGCAGAGGCUUUGAAGUCAUGGGCGCAAGAAAGAACGAGGCGCGUAUUACUUACAAGCACCUGUAUGGCAGGCUAUGAAGUAAACCACCCAAAAUUUGAAUGGCGCAACGUCACCAGUAUAAAGUUUUUAAAAUCCUUCUUCCGUCGUUGCUUCGUUCUUAUUGCACGGCCAAGGGUCCGUACAAGGACGUACCCGAGAUGCAAGCUCAUAGUCAUGGGAAGAAUAUCUCCUUUUUAUAUAUUAUUAUUAUGUUAUAGCUUUCUCAGUGCUUUUGCAAGCAAAACUCACCACGCUUCUGCAAACAGAAAUCAACAGAAGGUGAGUAAGUAAAAGAUAUGGUUUACUCGGAAAAUAUAUAAACUUUUAUAUAUAAUCUGCUCUGUCAUAUAUCAAAUCUGUUUGCGUGGUUCUUAGGAAACGCUGUUUCGUACGUUACGACGGCGACGGCAACGAGAACGGCACAAAAAGCAAUAAGUUUAUAUUAGCAAAACAACAACCUUUCACGUUCAUCGCGCUUUUUUUGUACAUUUCUUAGCGUCGUUGCACGACUACAACGUGAAAGUGCCUAAUUUCACGUUUUGCCGAGGACCUUUUCCUGAACUUUGAUACAGUCCUUUAGAAUUCAACUCCGAAAAAAUUUUACGAAUUAAGCGAGAUGGAAUAAGCGCGAUUACUUUGAGGCAGCGCGAAUUCACUUUUUAAGUGACUUUUUUGUAGCCCUUGCCGUCGUUGUUGCUUAAGCUCCCUAAUUAAUGCUGAAAGGGGAGCUCGACUGUAGAAAAAGUAAGAAUUUGCAAGCAUUUAACUUUUUCUGGCCUUAAGCGGACAGAAUUGGCACCUGCACCAAGUGUCCGCUUUAUGGACAGACUAGGAAAAAUGACUGAAGUUCGAAAGGAACAGCCCGGCUCCAGGUGUCCAUUUUUGGGGAGUGUCCGCCUCAUGGAGUUAUCCGUUAAGAGAGAUUACGCCACUCAAAAGGAAGACUUAAAACAUGCAGAAGUAAUGACUAAAUCCCACUUUUAUGAACGGAUAGAUAAAAAAAACAGCCAGCAUAUAACCAACACUCUGGCGCAACAUGAAUUUGUAAACACUUGUAGUAACGACGCUAAUGACUUCCAAUAUUAAUUUUUGUUUCUGUGUCACAGAAAAAUCACAUCUUGCAGACGAUGCAAGACCUAAGGAAAUUGAAAAGCGCAGUUUGGAGAAGACUGUCGACCUUAAAGCAGUAAGUCAUUUGUAUUUUUGAGAUGUUCUUCGUCAACCAUAUUUGUCCUCAGGGCCCGCUUGACUCUCCGUAGCCGUCUUUCCCCUUUGUCCACCCCUCAGAGACUACUCGGCCCUUAUGGAUAUUUUUAUCAUUUUAAUAAGUGAAACCGAUAUUUUGUUGCUUUAACAGGAUCCAGUUUUUUUCCCGUUCGGUGAAAUAUGCGCUAGGAGGGUGAGCAAAGUACAAAAGAGACCAUCGGAAUUGUCGGUCAGCGCCCCCACAAGAACAGCACUUCUACAGAUUGCUCUGCUUAAACCAGGAAAUAUGUUUGUAAGUAUACAACCACUUGAUCUCUGCUCGUACCCAGUAUUCCUCGCGCGUCGAGUUUAGGUUGCGUUCUCCUAACGUCGCAGGCAAUGAUUGUAUGAAUUAACUUGUUCUCUGCAUACUACGUUUCGUUUCCCUUGUCUGGUGAUGUUUUGCAUACAAAGAAAGUCAAAGAGAGAUCUGCACGGACUCCCAAUGUAUUUCUUGUGAUUGCGUCACGUUAUCGAAGCUCCCAAGUUACAUUUUUGCUCUUAAGAGCAUGUCUUUUGGUUCCUUGCUGACAGAGGCCUCAUUUUCUGAAAUUCUCUCUUCCUCUCGCCUGCCGAAUAAUUACAAGUCCAGCGCUCUGACCGUUCCGUCACGCGUCGUUCUUUUUUCUUUACAGGGACUUGAGUCUAUGAUGCCGAAAGUAACAACCAAGAUAAGUUCAGAGGUAGGUCACGCUAAGUUGUUUCUUUCGCACCCCUUAGGGUAGUCCCGGGGGGUAGUUUAGCCCUUCCACUAUUGACCCAAGGGGUCCUCCCUUUCUCCCUUCGCUUAUGUUACCUGUUUCUCUACUUUUAAAAAAUUAUAAUGAGGAGAAGAUAAUACCUAAACCAUAUCAUCCACAAUGUUCACGUAUAUUUUAAUGGCUCGUAGGCUGAUGUAGUAGAAGAAAAUCAGGAUCCCUCCACUAAAAGUCUUAUACUGGUGAGUGUAAAAUAACUUUAAGUGCACAGUAAUUUUCAAGGAGUUGUAGUAACUCCUCUAGUGGGGCUAAUUUAACUCCUUACAGUGGAGUUAUUUUUUGGAGAGUUAUUUCAACUCCAAAAAGGAGUUUAAAGAACUCUUUUUCAGGAUUAAAAGUGACCCCAGAUAUUGAGGAGUUAAAAUAACCCCAAAAAGGAGUUAUCCUGUACCUAACANAGGCCUCUUUUUCUGAAAUUCUCUCUUCCUCUCGCCUGCCGAAUAAUUACAAGUCCAGCGCUCUGACCGUUCCGUCACGCGUUGUUCUUUUUUCUUUACAGGGACUUGAGUCUAUGAUGCCGAAAGUAACAACCAAGAUAAGUUCAGAGGUAGGUCACGCUAAGUUGUUUCUUUCGCACCCCUUAGGGUAGUCCCGGGGGGUAGUUUAGCCCUUCCACUAUUGACCCAAGGGGUCCUCCCUUUCUCCCUUCGCUUAUGUUACCUGUUUCUCUACUUUUAAAAAAUUAUAAUGAGGAGAAGAUAAUACCUAAACCAUAUCAUCCACAAUGUUCACGUAUAUUUUAAUGGCUCGUAGGCUGAUGUAGUAGAAGAAAAUCAGGAUCCCUCCACUAAAAGUCUUAUACUGGUGAGUGUAAAAUAACUUUAAGUGCACAGUAAUUUUCAAGGAGUUGUAGUAACUCCUCUAGUGGGGCUAAUUUAACUCCUUACAGUGGAGUUAUUUUUUGGAGAGUUAUUUCAACUCCAAAAAGGAGUUUAAAGAACUCUUUUUCAGGAUUAAAAGUGACCCCAGAUAUUGAGGAGUUAAAAUAACCCCAAAAAGGAGUUAUCCUGUACCUAACAGUUUUACUCCAUUUUCAGAGUUAAAUUAACUCCAAAAAGAGUAAAAACAACCCAUGUAAGGAGUAAAAGUAACCCCAUUUCGGAGUUAUUUUAACUCCAGACUGGGAGUAAAAAGAACUCUUUUAAAUUAGGAGUUAAAAUAACCCCCCAAAAAGGGUUAUCCUAUACCUAAAAUUUUUACUCCAUUUAUGGAGUUAUAAUAACUCCCUAAAAAUUUCGGUGUGACAGGAAAUUAGUUCACAGGUGCCAAAGAAACAUCACAUAGAAAUAGAGGGUGUUACAGCUACGAGCAGAGUCAACUGUAGAAGGAAGCUCGUUUCCAGGUCCUUGUCAAUAGCCGACAAGGAGACGCCAGUGAUAUGGCAACUUCACCUGUUGCGAUUGACGGCUUUCUUUAUUCACCACAAUAUCCUCUGACCAGACUUUCUGGUCAGGUCAGGGCGGAUCUCGGGGGAAGAGUUUCUUGCGUGCCAGCGUACCUCUUCGGCCCUUCCAAAUCUGACUAUGUAGCUCGUCUAUUAUAUUUGCGCUGUCUUAACACUGACCUGUGUCGGUUGAAAUAGGCUAUAUCACAGCUGUUCACAGUUGUUUAGAUAUAGAUGACUGCUUUGAGUGUAUCGACAUUGAAUCUGUUCUAAAAUAGCUGUUGAUCACCUACUCAGAUAAGUGAAGGAGCCGAGUGCAUUAUGAUCAACAAAAGGUUCUUUUUAAUGAACGCCAGUAUUACGACCUUGGUACAGCUUAAAGCUUUGGUAAGUGUAAAGCGAACUUGUACAGUAAUUUUAAACAACAGGUUUUAGUCGCUUUACAGUCGCAUUAAAGCUUGUCUUUUUGAGGCAUGUGAAGCGAUAAAACUUAAGAAGCUAAAUGACAAUAUUACAGGUUGUCAGAUGCAGUAAAUCUGUGUCAACAAUUUUUUAGUUGUCGUACGGUAUCUUCGUUAAGUACAAACAUUCUUACCGUAAAACAAGGUAAUGUUCUCUUGGUACUGUGGAAAAUAAGAGUAAUUACUUAUCGGAGAAUCUUGGACGUCUUUUACGAGCUCGCGCGACAAGUCGUUCACCCUUCAUUUGUAAAUUGCUUCAAAACCUAAUUCUCACGCUUAGGGCGCUCACCACAAGUCAGAACUGGUCGGCCCGACCAGUCAGUUUGAGAAUGAAAUAUUAGUCUUUUCUCAAAAUUUUUACUAAUAUCCCUCACAGUCGUGCAUACCAUUUAGGAAUAAACUUAUCUGUUAUCUUCCGGGCCCCGGGAUAUUCCUUUUCAAUAUUAAGGGCUCCUAAUAAGUUUUUCAGGAUCCGACAUUUCCCUUAUUUGAAGUUCGGGAUUCGGGAUUUUGGAGCAAACUCGAGGCGAGAUUCGGAAGUAUACGCGGGAGGUGAGAUGCCAAUAGUAACCCUCGGGAUUACGGGAUUGCACGAAAUUCUGGGGAGGGAUUACGGGAUUUAAGAACCCUAUCGGGGACUCUCAAUGGUAGAAUUCUCCUGACGACUGGACUGGUCCGGCCAGCCUGUUCUGACAAAUGGUAAGCGCCCUUAGAUCAGUGAGCUCGCUUAUCUAAAAUAAAUGUUUAUUUGUUUCAUUAGAGGGAGGAGUACAUGACAGUACCCGACGCUCGUCACAGGAUCCAGUGUCUAGAGAGCUGGGACCUCUACAAAGGAGAACUGGUUAAAACACUAGCUACACGCGCAGCUAAACAACCUCGAAGAUGACGAUGGUAACUCUAAUCUGUUACUUGCUAUCAUGUUUUUAUUGAUAUUUAUUGAUAUUUAAUGAUAUAGACAUUGGUUCUUCUAGGCCUUACAAAUUUCAAUUGACCUUCAUCAUAACGGAAAAACUAGCUUUUACUCUAAUCUCAUGAAAAUGGUUGACUACUAUGAUCUAAACUAUGACUUUUCCUGUAAUUCAUUGAGUGACUCAAUAGUUAAUAGGUAUAUCGGCAUAAUGAAAAAUAAAUACGUCUCUUACUGGAAUCAGACCCUUCAACAAUCACAAAAACUCAGUUUUUAUUGUACAAUCAAAGACGACUAUAGCCCCUCGCCGUACCUAGUUUUAACAAGAAAAAACCCUUCGAGAAAAGCAUUAGUUAGAUUUAGAAUAAGUAGUCAUCAACUUAGAAUUGAAACAGGUAGAUACGAAAACAUUCCUCGUAAUGAAAGGAUAUGUCACUUUUGUACAAGUAACAAAAUCGAAGAUGAAAAUCAUUUCUUACUAGAUUGUAAGGCUUAUUCUCAGAUCAGAGACAUAUUUUUCUCCAAACUAGAAACUAAAAUACCUGACUUCAAAUCACUUUCACACGAUACUUUAAUAUCUCUUCUUAUGAAUUCUUCUGAUUAUUUAAUUAACUGUCAAUUAGUUUCAUUUAUCUCGCAAUGCUUUGAAUUAAGAACCAAAUUAAUAUCAAUGAAUGAAUGAAUGAAUGAAUGAAUGAGAACUGUAACGUUUUGUAAUUUUUUUGCACGUACUAAUUAGUUGAAUUAGUACUUAAAUUUAGACUAAUAGCUUUUGCAAUACUGUAAUUCCUUUAUGGUCAUGCAAAUAAAGCUUUUGUUGUUGUUGUUGUUGUUGUGUACGUAGUAUACUAUGCAUGAGCAGGGGCGUAGCCAGGAUUUUUCAAAGGGGGGGUCACAGAGGCUACUCACUAGAUUGUCAUGUCGACUUCCACGCCGUGCAUGUUUUACUUAAUGUUACAAUUUUGGGAUGAGCAGUGAGAGUAUAGUGGGCAGGACAAGUCUACAAAAUAGCUUCUAGCCAGCAGUCGUAUUAUCGUGGCAUGAGUUAACUAAAGACAAGAGCUGUUGACGAAAAUACUUUACAAAAAAAACAAAUUUUAAAAAAGUGGGCUUUUCAACAAUGGCUUUUACGGCCAAGAUAUUGUCAUGACGUUUUCGCCACCUGAAUAUUGUAGGUUGUUUGCUCAAAAGAAGGCCUACGAAAGGGGGGUCACGGGCACCCCAGGACCCCCCCUAGCUACGCUCCUGAUGAGGGAAUGCAAAAAUCGUGGCCUAUUUACUUAUAAAACUUGAUCCAGACAUUAAACUAGAAACUAUUUGCGUGAUCUAACCACAAGAACUUGAACAAGAACAGUUCUUGUUUCUUUGACUGCAUUGGUGUGUUAAGUGUUGAAGUAGAAAAUAUGAAGCAAAAGUAUAUCAUAUACUUUUAAUUUGUAUAUGCUACUUAUUUCAUUAAUUCUUUCAACCCUGCUCAAUCGACUCCUCUUUUGAAUUCUUCCCAGAUGGGCACUCAACGAUUGUUUGGUCAGCAGUUUCCGUCUUAACAGUAUGCCCACGACCACCAAAGCAAACAGGGUCAACGCAAACGGCCGCGAUACUAAUAACCAGCGGGUUUACUAAGCUUGAAUCCGAGAAUUCCCUAAUCUCCAUCUGUUUUUCAUGUUUUGAUGGGAAUCACGUGACACGUCUCCUGGAUCAACCAUCAAGUGAAUCAUCUUGAUAUUUGUGCCUUGUCCGCUGACUCCUAUUUGCCGCUUACCGUCGGCAUCGCGGCAAAACAACCUGUGAACGAUGCUUCUGUCCAGCUCAGAUAACAGAAGGGAAGACAAGGAGGUCCCCAGUGGACUUUGUGCUCAACUGAACGAGUACUGGCUUGAACGACUUCCCGAAGGGACGAAGAAAAUACCAAGCACAAACGACUUCCGGUUUUCACUAUUGACAGAGCAUUUAUAGCUUAUUUAUGAAUAUUGACAAUAUGUUAUUUAACAUUUUUAAUAACAGUUAGCAGAUAAAAAAUUGUUUAUAACUUUCGGAGUUAUCUUAUACUUAAAACAAGUGUUAAAAAAAUUGUGUGAAUGAACCUUCUAGAGAUACAAUACAUAUAAUAAAACAGGUACCAAACGAAAACGAGGUGUUCAUCAGUAAACCACCUGCAAACAUGUCUGACCGAUGAAAUGAUUGGAUGAUCGCAAAUUUGAUAGGCCCUAGUGACGUGUAAUUGAUCGGAGUUUUCCUGGUAUUACUUUAUAUGAUACUUUCCUGAGAUGAUUUGUUACAUUGGAACAAGUAGGGAAGAUGUCGUGUUUAGCGGCACUCCCCAAUACAUUUCGAUGGUUAGUUGCUUUCUAUAUAAUACUAAAGGUAAGUUUUCUUAGUAUCAUGGUUUUUAUUUCUAUCAGAUAAUCAUGAUACUACGCCUUUCUCGGGUCUAAAAGCCAUUUCGUUACCUUGAAUAUAAGGCGUACUUCCUCUUAAAACAAAUUCUAUCCGUAAAAUGACCUUUUUAUGUAACGCUUUAAUGACUAUUUUUCUUACCAUCAAUUCAUGUGACGCAUGUGA